CAACAAUAACCCGCUCGUUUUAGUGUUUCCAAUCGUAACCUUGAGUCCUCUUUCCUCUUAUCAUACAUGUCGUUCGACUACGAAUCUGCUCUUUCUUCACGAGAAUCGGAUGGGGUAGAUAAGGAAUUGCAGACAUUCAUACAAACAAUACAACAAAGAGCGGAGUUUCAGAAUCAUGUCAAUCAUCUGACUUCUGUGUGUUGGGAUAAGUGUGCUGUUGGAUACCCGUCUUCGAAAAUGGAUGCGAAAAAAGCAAAUUGUAUCGAAAACUGUACAGAACGUUACUUGGACGUUUCAAUGCUUCUUCGUAGUAGGUUUCAAUCUAUGUUGGCGAAUUUGCAACAGUAACAUGCUUUAACAAGUGAAAUACUUUGCUUGUGAUCAUAUUUGGACUCAUGUACAUAGUGUAGUAAAUGUCUUUAUUUUCUUCUAACCAGAAACCUUGUUUGUGUACUUAAUUGCACUGGUCAUGCAGACAUUUGUUCGUAUGUUUAAUUGUAAGAUCUAGUUAUUAACUCAUGUUUUACUUUUCUAUAUAAACGGAAGUUUAUCUGAUAAAAA